AUGGGGAGCUGAGCGGCUGCAGCAGCACCGCGGCCCCGCAACAGCAGCAGCAGCGCGGCACCGGCAGCAGCAGCGGGCGAGCGCGGUGUCGACUCGGCGGAGGGAGCCGUCGCUUCUCAGGCGCCGAGUGCGAGCAGGAGCCGGGCUGCCCCCGCCGUCCCGAGCUGAUCUCCCUCCUCGCGAGGCGGCCGCCGCGUCUCCGAGCCGGCACCAUGCAGACCUUCCUGAAGGGGAAGCGGGUGGGCUACUGGCUGAGCGAGAAGAAGAUCAGGAAGCUGAAUUUCCAGGCCUUUGCCGAGCUGUGCCGGAAAAGAGGAGUAGAAGUAGUACAGCUUGACCUCACCAAACCCAUUGAAGAUCAGGGCCCUUUGGAUGUGAUCAUACAUAAACUGACAGAUGUCAUCCUUGAAGCAGACCAGAAUGACAGCCAGUCACUGGAAUUGGUUCACAGGUUCCAGGAGUAUAUUGAUGCUCAUCCAGAAACCAUUAUCCUGGACCCUCUUCCAGCUAUUCGUACGCUUCUGGACCGAUCCAAGUCUUAUGAGCUAAUCCGGCAAAUAGAGGCAUACAUGCAAGAUGAGAGGAUCUGUUCACCACCCUUUAUGGAGCUGACAAGUGCCUGUGGAGAAGACACAUUGCAGCUUAUAGAGAAGAAUGGACUGGCAUUCCCAUUCAUUUGUAAAACCAGAGUUGCCCAUGGAACCAACUCUCAUGAGAUGGCGAUCAUCUUCAACCGGGAGGGCCUGAAAGCUGUUCGCCCGCCGUGCGUCAUUCAGAGCUUCAUCAAUCACAACGCUGUGCUGUACAAAGUCUUUGUGGUUGGGGAAUCCUACACAGUGGUGAAAAGACCAUCUCUAAAGAACUUUUCUGCAGGAAUCUCAGACAGAGAAUCAAUAUUUUUCAACAGCCACAAUGUUUCAAAACCAGAAUCCUCAUCUGUCUUAACAGCACUGGAUAAAAUCGAAGGAGUAUAUGAGCGGCCAAAUGAUGACGUCAUCCGGGAAAUCUCUAAGGCUCUGCGACAAGCGCUGGGAGUUUCCCUCUUUGGAAUUGAUAUCAUCAUUAACAACCAGACGGGGCAGCAUGCAGUCAUUGACAUAAAUGCAUUCCCAGGUUAUGAGGGUGUUUCUGAAUUUUUCACGCAUCUGCUGAACCACAUAGCUGCUGUCCUGCAGGGCCAGGCCCCUGAGGUGAGCCAGCUGAACCGUAGCAAGCUCCUGGCAGAGCAGGGCAGUGGGAUCCUGGAUGAGCGGAUAUGCUGCGCCGGCACAGGCUGCCUCAGCGUCAUGGGCAAAGACUCCUCCUGGAUUGUGGAAAGCGAGACCAACAGCUCAGUAAAACUGCAACACCAGAGACUAGGCUGCAACUCAGCAGUGUCCCCCAGCUUUCAGCAGCACUGCGUCGCUACAUUGGCAACAAAAGCUUCUUCUCAAUAACUUGUCAGUGCCAUUGACUGAGAAAAAGCCACAGGGAUACAAAUUGUGGUCCCAGAGAUCAGGCUGUAACAAUGCAAUUGCAAAAAAUGAAAAAAAAAAAAAGUAACACAAAACACAACAGAAAAAAGCAAAAUAAAAAACAAACUUUCCAUUUGAUUUAACCUGAUUUGCUGAUGAAAUGGACUGAAAGGGGGAGGGUGAGAAAGUGAUUCAGAUCUAUUUCAUCAGAUUCCAGUUGCAAAUCUGUAGUGAGUUUACACACACAUGGGUUUUAACACUAGUCCUUUCAUUGUGGGAGGGUUACUCUUUCAUUUCUAUCAUUCUUUGUAAUCACUAGUGACCAGCAUUUUAAAAUCAGACCUCAUGGUAUCAAGCAGAUAAUAAUCCAGUGUCUGAAUGUAACAGUGCUAGAGAUUUUUCCCUAUAAUAUUUCCCACUCCCUUUUCCCAGCUUGGCCGUUGCAAAAGAAAGCUAUGACAGCUUCUGUAUCACUAAACUAUAACUCUUGAAACAUUGACCAGUUGAGACUUUGACAGGUAGGUCAUGGUGGAGCUUUGGCACAUUUGAGUAGGACGGAGCAGACUGGUUGUUCAGGGUGCAGAGCUAACGUAAUCACUUUGGUUCCAGGCUUCUAAUUCUUCCCCCAGGCCUCAUUGCUUCCAUCAAAGACAGCUUCUAACCACACUUGCCAAAAGCAACACGUUUGACCCAGACAGGGCACCAAUAGUUGAGUGAUUUAAUCUACUAGAUUAAAUAUCUUCCUUUCAGUUAUCUACUAAUGGUGAAAUCCCAGAGUAGUUAAUAGAAGCAGCUCAUCUCUUAGCAGAGAAUUUAAUUCUCCCUCCUUUGCACUUGUGAGGACUCUGGGAGGACUCUGCAAAAGGGCUGGCAAACAGAGCUGCGCAUUUCCCUUGGAGCAGUGCACCUCAUCUGCCCAUCCUAAGGGGUAACACAGUUGCUGCCUUCUGCAGGUCCCUGCUGCUGUGCAUUUUGUUUUUCUUUAGCAAAUUAAAUAUAAGCAGAGUUGUGUACCUUUGUAUGAGGUAGAAAUACACAACAGCUUUAGCUCCAGUUCAGAGAGCACAUUACUUUGUUGCAAGCUGCCAGAUAAGGCCGUGUAGUAGUUUACAAUAGUGCUUUAUACUAUUUGUAAUCUGUGGCACAGCCAAAUUGUAUCUCUUGAGGUACACAGCAAACCUAUGGUGUUCAUCCUCUAUUGCAUCUUCUAGCAUGACAGCAUCUUCAGCUGUUGAAAAUUCCUGCAAAUUUUGCCAAUUCUGAACACUAAACUGGAAAUAUCCAAGUCUGUCAGUGCUGAGAACAGAGACACUAUUUUGAUAGAGUGGCCUUCCCUUCCCCGUAUAAGUCCUAAUACACAUUUAAAAGGGGUGGUGUUAUGAACAUUUCCUUAGUUAAGCUUCUAGCUUGCAGAUAUGGGAAUUUAUGUGUUUCUAUAGCAGGUAUUUGUAAUGCAUCCAUCACUGCAGCAUUUAAUACGUUUGUUUAGUAUUGUGUGUGAGAGAUCUACUCAAAAGGAAAGGAUCUAGAGCUUAAAGCCCAGGUAGACCAUGGAGAGAGGUGUAACCAGUGUAAAAGAUGUCCUCACCCCACCUGAUGGCACCAGUCCUGAAGGGGAAAAAAUGAAGAGUGUUGUGUAGCAGUUCUUUUGUGUAAACAACAGGUUUUCCUUAGGAGAGACUGGAUUUGUUCCCAAAGUGUCAUUCCUGGGAGUUUCCUGAAUCCAGGAUUGGAUUUUUGAGAGUGACUUCAGAAGAGAAGAUCGUUCCACCUCUAGAGGGGUUACUAACGUUAAGAUAUUUCUCUGACUGUAAGGUCGUUAUGAGCAUGGUAUCUGUCAAAUUGCAGGGUGCACAUAAAUGCAGCCAGUUUCCUUGCCUGUCGCAGGUCCAUUCUGAGCUAGGCACGCGUCACAACCCUCGUAUGCUUUGGGGCUGCUGGAUCCCACGCUGUCUGCAGCUUGCAGGUCUUCAGUGCUUGUGGUAUGAGUGAGUCAGAUGUACAUAGUUAAGGAUUUGUAGAAGUCUUCAUAACAGACCAAACCUUUCAUAAAGCCAUGACUGAAAUAAAAUGGACAUCUGCAGUUUGAGGUUUGUUUUUGCUUGUUUAAAAUAAAAAAUGUUUUUAUGUUACUUGUAUAACAAAAGAUGCCCUCAGGAAGGAACUUGCCAGUGCGUAUUUUUGUAUGGUACUUUCUUGUAACCAGCUGGUGGAGUGUUUGUAGACUUGCCUUUUGCUCCCUCUAUUACAAUGGCUUGGGGUUCGGGGGGUUUUGGUUUUUGGUUUUUUUUUAAUCGAGUGGUGGGAAAGAAGCAACAAAGAUGUUAAAACUGGGUUAGUAACUCAAGACCUUUCAAACUAAGUAUGUUUACAUGAAUCUUGAGUAUUGGAUCCAAUGGAAAUUUCUGUAUGCUGUUUCCUAGUUAGAACAUCAAGUAAGAGUUUUUAUUUUCCUGGCUGCCUUCUGAAUUUUGGUCGGCCUAUUUUGCACUGCUUUAUUUCUCCAAAAUAAACUACUGAAAUAUAAUUGUGCAUUUUAAACUUGUUUACAAAAGAUUGUUAGAAGUUUGUUUUGUAAUUCUCUGAAGGCUUGCAGAAAUACUAUAUUUAAAUAUUACUCCAGACCGUGGCAGUAACUAGAACACAAGUUUAGGUCAUUGGUGUGAUCAGUGAAAUCUUUCCCAUAGUCUGUAAUUUAUUUUUUAUUUAUCAAAUGUAUUGAUAUCACUUUAAUUUACCAGGUGGUAAUGUGCAGGUACCUGUUGUGAUGUGGCAUUACAGUAGAGUUUUCACAUAAAUUACCAUGCAAUUGCUGUACUGCUAUAUUUCCUUGCAGAAAUUAUUGUAUGGCUCAAAUACUAGAAUGUUGCCAAAUCACAGGGGUAAAUUGGCAGACCAACUUUUAAAAGCCAAAACUGUAAAUUACCAAGUAUCCAGACAUACAUUAUGGCAAAACAUUCGAGCAUGCCUAUGUUAUUAAGCCUGUGCUAAAGUGCUUUUCUGAAUUGCUGCCUCGUUUGAUAAGUUCAGGAUAGUUUUGAUUUAAGAUAAACUUCACAGUAAGUUAGUUAAUAUUCUGUAGUCCUGUCUUUUCUUGUAAAAGUAGAGGAGUCUAGUAAUAUAUAUUAAAAAAUAACUGAAUGCCCUUGCUCUUAAAAUUGCAGACAAUCUGAGGGAUAUUUUCCUUAAUGUCUCUUUGAAUUCUAUUAUUGUGGGUUGGAAAAGAUUCUGCUGUGUUUUGAAAGGCAUAGCUAUUUUUGCUGCGUUGAUGGGAGCAAUCAUAUUAAAACUACAUGGUCACCAGUUAACUUCUUCUGCUGCAUUAUCAGAAAUCCACAAGAACACCAUUAGCUUGUCUGGAAUUUCUCCAGGUUUUGUGUUAGCCUGAUUGAGGAGAUUGACUUCAUUAGGUGAAGACUUUUCCCUGUUGAAGAGAACUUGAGUUGUGUUGUUACUGCCAGCUGUGUAAAACCAUCCCCAUCCUCUUCUCCCUCUAGCUGAUUCAGCCACGUCACGCUUGGGUUUUUAAUGGCUGUACCAGAACAUCCCCAUGUUGGCAUGGAAGCUGGCUGCAGAAGUGCAGCCCAACUGGGAACACUGGUACUGGCCCCUGCCUGCAGUGUGUGUAACGCAGAACUGGCACCGGGCCUGGGCCCUUUUGCCUUUCGUUCACCACAUGUCUGACUAUUCAGCCUUUGUGCUGUAGGAUACAAUUGGCUGGGCUGGUCAGUAGAUGGGAUGCACUAUUUGAAUUAAUACUGUUCAGACUGUUGGAAUGGUAAAGCUGUUUCAAGAUCCUCUUGGGAAUGUUUGUGCAGAGGAUGUCCACAGCAGGUUGCUCAGAUGGAGAACUACCAAUUUAAUUUGUUUUCACUAUAGAUAAAUACAAAUUAGGAACCUGACCCUGAGGCUUCAUGAGGUAAUGAGAAUUGCCAAAGAUAAAGCCUCGGGUUCUCCAGAUGAGCUGCAGGCUGUGGCCAUCUAGAGAACAACCAGGCACAGUACUGGGUAAAUAACAGAGGAAGAAUACAGUCCAAAGGCAACAGGCAUUUGAAUUGGCUGGCAAAAAAAAGAACACAACAAAAGAAAAAUGUUUCUGCUGUUUCCAUCCAAUAAAAACCAACUCCAGGCUUCUCAGUUCUCAGAUUAAGGCUGGUUUCCCAAAGUCUUUGCGUGGCAGCAGUGACAAGUGACUCAGGCUUUUUCACACCAGCUUGCAGCCUUGCCUUCCACAGCUGUGCAGAAAAUCUUUGAUUUUGUUUUUUAGUGAAUAAAGUCUAUUUUGAGUUUGUAGCAGUCUCCUCACGUGCACACUUGCAAUUUACUUGCAUUACUCUGUUAAUUUUCUUUAUUUUUCUCUAUCCUUUUUAGUAAGAGAUGUAUCGAUUUCUGUAUUCAGUAUACAAUUAUUUUAUGGUGUUGCAACUGUGUGUUUUGUAAUUAGGAGUAUGUGAAAAUGCUUUGUUUAGAUUAAAAUAUUUCCUUUAAUAUAAUCUCUCACUUCCAUAGAUAAACAGGCACACCAUUGCAGAUCACAUUGUUGAUUUUAUUGGUAAUAUUGCUUUAAUUUCUAUUUCAGAGGAAUGUAACCUCCAGAAAAGUACUUUCCACAUCUUUACUACCUUUCCUUUCCCUGUUCAUUCUGUGUGGAUCCAGGCCAUCAACACUUGAGCUGUUGACCAGAUGGGUUUCAGAUCCUCCAUGGAUUCUCUUGUGGCCACAGAAGUUACUAAAGAUGGUUGAAGUUUGAGAGGGUCCAGGUAUAAAUGGAGAUGUUAAACUGACUCCUCAGCAGCACAAGCACAGUACCGUCUGUAGCAAGCAAAAGGAAUCGUUCUCCCUCUGUGCAGGUGGUAGUUGGGGUCUGGUCCACCCCUGCUGCUGAGGCAGUUUUCCUGUGGAAAUAAAUCUCCAGUGUAAGAAAAUGUCCUGUAUCUGUGAUGCAGAAGGGUGGUGAGAAGAGGUAGGGCUUGAGAGUGAAGUCCUGUCCAGUGGACACUGUGGUACCAGUGGUCCAGAAUUUCACUGUGUGUUUUUGAACGGCCAUCUGGGGAGAUGUCUUCUUUCUCUCCACCUUCCUUAACCCCAAAUCCACUGGCACUGACUCUAGCAGAUGCCUGUGAGCCACGUCAGCUCAUGAGCAGGUGACCUUGCCCAGUGUGCCAUAAGUUUGCAGAGGGUUCCCAGUGUGUUGGGAAGCUUUUGUUGAUGGCCUGGAAAUCUCUUUCAAACUCCAGAAAUAGUUGAAACAGCAAGUGGAGUUAUUGAAAAUCGGGUCUUCCUCUUCCAUCCUUUUUAAGGAAAUCCCUAUUUUAUUUCUUCCUUUACACAGUAGUUUUUAGGUAUAAAUUAUUUUAACAGCUUUUGUGUGAAAAGUCAUAUAUACAUACACAAAGUUAUUAAAAGGUUGAGUAUAUGUUGAGUACAAAAUAAUGACUUCUUUGUUUCAGAUAUUAGCAGCCCCUACAAAUGAGUUGUUUAUUCUCUUGUAAAGUCAAUGCUGUUAAAAAAAAUUAAAAUAAAAGAUGUAUUAGAUGUAUCUUUUAUUAUUUAUUUCUGAUUCAGUAUUUGAUACAACUUGUAUACACCCUUGUGAGAACCACAUGCUAAAAUGUAAUUCUUCUUAAAAUGGAGUAACAACUGUUCCUUAGUAUCCAAACCGUUUUGAGAGGACUGGCCCUCUGGGUGUGGUAGUGCUGGAUAUUCUUCACUCUCCAGCAUUGCUCCCCACCUAAGCAUGGCUGAAUCUUGGGGACCAUUCUGUGUAUGUGCUAGGUUUCACAAAAUCAUCGAUAUCUGUGUUCAAAUCCAGUGUUAACAAGUGUGUCCUGAUUUGCUUCAGCCCAGUUCACUCUGAUUUCUGAAAUGUAAUUCCCACUUUGUACUUAAAUUUAUACAGAAUUAUAUGGACCCUAAAAAGAUCCUGACUUACUGUAAAAACCAAAAAUAUUUGCUGUUUGGCGUCUUCAAUUGCAUGACUGAUCAGAUCUGACAAUGAAGGUGGUGCUUUCAUCUAACAGCGUUGAUUUCAAUGGUAAUAGAGUCAUUUUCUUUUCGUUUGCCAAGCACCUGUUUUGGACAAUGUUUUGGUUUCAACAGUAAAGCAAUAUGCAGUAGGUAUUGUGGCAUUAUCUUUGUACUUGUUUUGAAGACAAUUGUCCCUUUUCAACACAUAACAAAAAUAAAUGCCUUAUAACAA